AUGGUACUAUUCCUAAUCAUGCUCUUCUUCACUACCUUGCCGAUAACGCUCUUAGCGUCAGUCGCCAACGCUAUUGCCACGAUAUCGAUUCUCCUCCGUUCAGAAACGAUAUGUACAAUCACGAGGAAACCCGCAGCUUUAGUCACGUUUUUCUAUCUGAAAAUGCUCCACGGUUUCGAGAUCCAUGGGGAGGAAAACCUGCCGGAGACCACGGGUGCCUUGUUAGUUUUUUACCACGCUCUCGUGACUCACGACAUCGUCUAUCUCUGGGCCAGAUCUUGUCUCAAAGCAAGGAAGUGUAUAGGGGGGAUCGCUCAUCGUAACUCGGUUCGGGUCGUGCCAGGCCUCUGCAAGAUCCUCGAUCUCUAUUGUGAGCGAGACACGCUCGUCGAAAAGCUAAAGAAGGGGAACAUCUGCCACGUCGCUCCAGGCGGAGCUCGCGAAGGGGUCUUCAGUGAAAACUACGAACUGCUCUGGCAUGGCCGCCAUGGAUUCGCUCGAGUGGCGAAGGAGUGUGGGGUUCCUAUAAUCCCUAUGUUCACGGCGAACUCUCAACCAGCACCGUCAGUGAUGAAUUUCGGUCUGAAAAGUUUUUUCAAGGCCGUAUACGAGAGAACAGGAAUCGUUGUAUAUCUGCCCCUGAUAUGUUUUCCCGUGAAGCUUCGAAUUUACAUCGGAGAGCCUCUUCACUGCGGAGUUGAUGAAAGUGCUGAAGAAUUCGCAGAGAGGCAAGAGAGAGGUGAGAGAGGCGACGAGGCACGAGGAGACGACGACCGACGACACACGAAGGGCGAGAUCAUCGUCGUCAAGACAGUAACAAGCAUUCACAAUUUCGAACUCUUGGACCGCGUCAACAUCUGA